UGUAAACACGACGUUCCCUAACAUAAAAAUAAAAAGUUCGGUGGUUUGAUUUGCAAACUUCACCGUAAUUUUUAUUAUUCAUAGUAAUUAUAUAAAUGUCCUAUUGAUAUGGGCUCGUUACCAUGCAUAUUUCUCUCCAUAUCAUUACUAUGUUGUGCUGUUUCAUCAGUUUCGGCCGAAUGUACUAUUCCAAUAGUCUUAAGGAAUACGUGGUUCUCUUUUGAAAAUGGACAACAAACGAUAACUGACAUCAAUGCAAGUGAGAUGACUUCAAAAGGCACAUGUGUAAAUAUAAAGGCAGAUUAUCAUGUCAACUACACAAUGGUGUUCCAAUACACAAAAUGCUACUACUGUGUAAAGCUUAUAGUGAGAACAGUCAAUGUGUUGGAGAAAAUUGAAACACCCUGUGUUGACUUGCAUACUGAUGAGGAGCCAACAGUUGAAAGAGUGUGCAGGGGCCUUAACCCAGACCAGAAUCUAAUUACAUUAUUCUCAGAGAACUCUGUUCCAGUAAAUUGUAGAUCAUCACUUGAAGGGGUAUGGCAGUUUGCCUAUCAGAAUCGUUAUAGAUUCACAGGUGAAUGCAGUCAUCCAGACGCACAGAUUAAAUCAUGUCAGACGGCUGGUACACAGUUCUUGAUAACCAAUCAGAAGUUUAACAUAACAUACAGACAGUGUCCUGGUAUGUCUGGCACUUUUGAUGGUGUUGUUGAAUAUAGCUGUCUUGGACAUUGGUUUGUCAACAAAAACCAUUUCUUUGCUGUGGCCAAUACAAAGGAAUCUCGUAAGGAUGAGCGGUACAGGUGCUUCUUGAAGAACAGAGAUGAUGAUUUGUAUAUUGGUGCUUCUAUCACCCCACAGUGUAAUACACUGAAGACUGUGGAAAAGUCCCCAGAAAGAUACAGAGUUACUCCUGUAAAGGCUGAAGUUGUGGAGCCGGGAUGUCGUUUACCACAAAAUUUCUCUGGCGAGUGGAUCAACACAGCCAAUAUAGACGCUGACGUGUUCAUAAACGAGACACACAUCAUUGAAACUUACUAUCCAGACGAGGGACGGUACAGGCGCACCAUUUAUGUAUGCAGAGAACAGCGUGAUACGAGGGUUAUGAUGGCCCGACUCACGGUUGACGGUUGCCAAAAGGAUUAUGUCUGUUUCGAUUUUGUACCGCAACACCACAAUGUUAUAAGGUACCGCAAAGGGCUAGCUAUGAUACAGAGCAACUUCCACACAGUAUGCUCAUGGGUGCAGUUCCCUAAUAAACAGAAAUGGCGUUACGAUAUAUUCCUCAAAAAAGAUCCAUCGCCCAUUCGUUGCCCUGUCGCAGGGAAGUUCAACUUUACUCAAAGGGGCGAUGUCAGAUUUGAAACUAGGAUUCUUGGAGGUGUAACCCUUAGUCCCCGUCCGAACCUAUACUGCAAAUGGAACAUAAGUGAUUUCUCAGUGUGUGAUGUUGAUCAAAAAACCAUACAGGUAAAGGAAAACUAUUGUCUGUCUGUUGACUAUUUGGGCAGGCCGGUAGAUAUCUACAGUGAUCCAGAUUACAGAAUGAAAUGUAUUGGUUAUUGGAAGGAGAACCUCAAGUCUUAUUUAAUUACGUAUGAUGAGUUGGACCCAUUCUCUAAAUACAGGUGUUGGGUGUACCAGAGAGCUGAUCUGAACAGGGUUCUUAUGUCUCAAGCUCUGGGUCCCUAUUGCGAUUUGCAACAGGAUGUGACAUCAUGGAACUAUACAGAGGGCGCGGCAGUCGCGAUAGAAAUGGAAGAGUACGAGAGAGAGAGGGAUCAAUGUCCGAUGCAUUUCGAUGACGGCAGUGACCCCUGGUCGACCAAAGAGAACUUCAUAAAAGUCUUCUCGUUCACUUACUCAUUGUGGAGAGGCAAUAGUGCGACUAAGAUAGAAGUAUUUAUACCAGUGCUGUUGUUAGUUCUAAUUAGGUUUCUAUUACAAUAAAACUAGAAAGCGCCCAACGAAAACAUGUAAUAAAUGUAAAAAACUUUGACGUUAUUUGAGAGAGACAACAACUUAGUAUCCAAGUCUUUUCUCUCUAAUGCAAAUAAUUCAAAAUUUUAUCUCUUUUUGUUGAUCUUAAAGUCAUAGUUUGUGAGAGUGUUUUCAGUAUUAGACUGCAGCUUUGUACAUUUCAUAGUUUUAGAAAGCUGAUACCAUUUUCAAGGUAAAACAUGAUUUAAUAACUCCAUAGAAAUUUAGUCUAUUAAACUUAUCAUCUUACAACCAAUUCUCGAUCAACAACUAGGAAAAAAUUUAACCAAGUUGUUACAAAAUAGGAUUUGUUGUUGAUUACAGUGCAAAUUUGGUAAAAUAGUAAAAAACCCACUUUUCUAGUUUGCUAAACUCUCAAGUAAAUAGCCGUCUAGCCGGACUAGUUCAAAUUUGACAAGGAAUUUAUGUGGAUCUUACAAUCUGAUCUGAUGUGGAAAUAUAGGAUGCCACUCCACAUUUGACAACAGCCAAUCACUACCAGACAACGAUUGCAUUGAUAAGUAGCGAUUUGGUUUACAUUUCAAUGUAUGUAUAAAAUAACAGAUGGAUGUUUGUUGUGUUUCUAUUGUACAUAUGUCUCAGUGAUAGUGAGCUGAAAUAUGUACUUAUACAUGUGACAGGGCUGGAAUGUAGCACACCAGCAUGACUAGUGUGGGCAGGAGAAAUUCUUCUCACUGGGGAAAGGACAAACCUCCUUCUCCCACAGCCUGGUCAACUCUCAGAGUACUGGCGCACAGUUGUAAUAAUAAACAGGGAGAGAAUUUUCUCUAUUCUCUGUUGCUGUGCUUAUGCAUGCAGCCGUGUUAUUUAAUCCCUCGUCUGGGGAUAUAAUGAACUAUUAGGGAUAAAAUUUUUCUCUUGCAGAUGUGCCGUACACACAUUUCUAUGAUGUUCCACGAUAUGCACUUAACACACUGUACAUGACGUAAAUAAAUCAUUAAUGAAAAACUAGUAAUAUUAAUAAGAAUCUCAAAGUAUCAUAGGUUAUAAUAUUUUUUUACAACCACUUUUAUUAUAUUUAGCCUUUAUAGAGCAAAUUAGAUGUUCAUAUGAAUAAACAGUAAAUGUGCCUUACCUGUAAUGUAUAAUUUUAAAAAUAAGUCUAAGCUAUUAUCUAAGUAUCUUUAUAUGUUUUCCAAGAUUCUUAUGACUGUUUUAAUGAUAAACGUAAAUAUAAGUUACAGCAUUUAUGUGAAUGUGAAUCCGUCCAAAAGUUACAGCAUUUAUGUAAAUGUGAAUCUGUCCAAUUUUUUUACAAUCUUUAUUUCCAAAAUAAAUACCAUUUACAAGGAUUAU